UGUUUUUUGUCGAGGAGAAAACACAAGAGGAGAAAUCAUUUCAGCAGCGAGGACACAAGCCUUGCAGAAUGAGUCUGCAUGGUUCUCGUGUUGUGUUUAAGUCCAGCCUCCUGCACCGCCUUCACCAAUAGACGCUCACAUCUCUCCCGAGUCGACGAACUGCACCGCAUUUUCAAAAUGGCCGAAGAAGCUCCUGCACAGGCUGCCGCUGCCGCUCCGGCGAAAGCUCCCAAGAAGAAAGCUCCCCGUCCCAAGAAGGUCGGCCCCAGCGUCGGAGAGCUCAUCACUAAGGCACUGGCCGCCUCCAAAGAGCGGGGAGGGAUGUCUCUGUCUGCCAUUAAGAAGGCUCUGGCUUCAAGUGGCUACGACGUCGAGAAGAACAACGCCCGCGUUAAAGCCGCCUUGAAGGGUCUCGUCACCAAAGAGACGGUGGUCCAGAUGAAAGGCGUCGGGGCUUCCGGAUCCUUCAAACUCAACAAGAAGGCAGUGGAGGCGAAGACUACGAAGCCUAAGAAAGCUGCUCCAAAAGCGAAGAAGCCGGCGACCAAGAAAGCCGCUGCAGCAAAGAAGCCCAAGAAAGCAGCACCCAAGCCCGCAGCCAAGAAGUCCCCUAAGAAGGCUAAGAAGCCGGCGGCGGCGGCUGCAAAGAAAAGCAAGGCCACCAAGAAAGUGGCCAAGAGUCCGAAGAAGGCGGCCAAAAAACCCGUGGCAGCCAAGAAAUCCCCAGCCAAGAAAGCUGCGAAGCCCAAAGCGACUAAAGCAAAGAAGGCCGCAUCCAAAAAGUGAUUUGUUGUUCACCUGAACUGUUCAAACCCCAAAGGCUCUUUUAAGAGCCACCCACAUCUUUCCAUGAAAGAGAGUUUAUCAGUAUUUCUAACUUAAAUAUACCCUACAGGUACGUGUUUUUCUAUUUGCUGUUAUUUUUGAUAGAAUGGUUGUAUCUUCUGAUACAUGAUUUAUGACUUGUAAUGAAAUUGGAAUAUAAACUUUGACUUGUGAAGAGUGUCAUUGAAUGACGUUAAGUAAAAAAAAGUUAAUAUGGAAACAUGUUCGGUCUGUCGUCUGUGUUUAUAAGGUUAUAUGGGUCAACUUGGGCCUCAAACAAUGUAAAGCAAGUUCAAAACUAGCAUGUUGUACCAUUCCUUGCAUAACUUGACCUGGACCUGUUUGAUGCUGAACCAAAUG